AGGCGGUGUAUUAUUGACAGCCGUUGGAGAAGCGGAUUAAAUCCAGCCAGUGAGAAGAGAAGCCAGGACCAUCAAACAUGGCUUUCAACACACUAACCUCAAGAGCUGUGCUCCUAUAUGAUGAGUGGAUCAAGGAAGCAGAUCCACGGACAGCGGACUGGCUCCUGAUGGCGUCCCCGUUCCCCCAAACAAUCAUCAUCGCAACCUACAUCUACUUUGUGACCUCACUGGGCCCUCAGCUAAUGGAGAACCGCAAGCCAUUUGACCUCAAGCGACCAAUGAUCAUCUAUAACUUUGCCAUUGUGGCGUUUUCCAUUUACAUGAUUUAUGAGUUCCUCAUGUCCGGUUGGGCGAAUGGAUACACCUAUGGGUGUGACAUUGUGGAUUAUUCUAGCUCUCCUCAGGCUCUCAGGAUGGCAUGGACAUGCUGGCUGUACUAUUUCUCCAAAUUCAUUGAGAUGCUGGACACCGUAUUCUUUGUCCUGAGGAAAAAAAACAGCCAAGUAUCUUUCCUCCAUGUGUAUCAUCACUCAAUCAUGCCAUUCACCUGGUGGUUUGGAGUCCGAUUUGCCCCAGGUGGUCUGGGAACUUUCCAUGCCCUUCUGAACUGUAUUGUCCAUGUCAUAAUGUACACCUACUAUGCUCUCUCUGCUCUGGGACCGGCCUACCAGAAGUACCUGUGGUGGAAAAAGUAUAUGACCACAAUCCAGCUGAUCCAGUUUGUGAUGGUGACCGCCCACAUCGGCCAGUUCUUCUUCAUGAAGGACUGUCCUUACCAGUUCCCCGUGUUCCUCUAUGUUAUUGGUCUGUAUGGGCUGAUCUUCUUGAUCCUGUUCCUCAAUUUCUACUAUCAUGCCUACACCAAGGGCAAGAGGCUUCCGAAAAUUCUCCAGAAUGGAACCAGCCAGCAGAACGGAAACUACCUACAUAAGAAGACGGAGUAAUUAUUUCCUCGGCCACCUAAAAAUGAACUUCUAACCUAAAAGUUGGAAAAUUUCAGUAUGUUUUAGGUUCCACUCCCUGUUUUAUGUUAAAACUAUUGAGGAAUACCACUGUAUCACUGGAUUUCAUAUUUCCAUAUGUUUCACUAGAGGUGCUAUCCUCAUUUUUGUCUUCACUCAAGGCUUUGAAAUGAGAAUGGGGUGGGAUACCGUUUUUUGUUUGUUCUAAUAUCCUCUACCUGUAAAUAUGAGUUCUCCGCUUUGGAAUAUGAUUGAACUGCUGGCCAAAUCUGAAAUGAGGUAAUGAGAGCAUGUUGGAAGGUGAUUAGAAGUUUAUUGCUGAAUGGGUUUUUGAACGUUGUGUUUUGGUUUUAACUAAAUGAGCCUGAGGCCCUUUUAACAUUGAGAAACUCUUGACUGAUAACCUGGCUGUGCUCGAACCUCCAAAUUCCACAGAAGUGACGUCAUAUGAAAGUUAUGCAACACUGUCUAAAUGAUUUGACUAUUUAUUUGAUUGUUUAUUUAAUGUUAACCACUUCUUAAUGUGAUCUUUUAAAAAAAUAAUUUGUGUGUGUGUGUCUGUGUGUUAUAUAUAUAUAUAUAUAUAUAUAUAUAUGUAUGUGUGUUUCUGAUUAACUGUUAUGGUUUUAUGUACUUGACCGAUCUGAGCAAGGGAAUAGCAAGAAUGGAUUGAUGCUCUGUGACAUUUUCCUAGUUUUUGUCGUUUUUUUAAACCUCCUAAUUUUGUUUAAAACAAACUGAAGUGUUUUAUAAUGAAACAAAAUAAAUUAU